AUGCAGAACCAAAGAACUAAGCAGAAUGAGCCUCCUUAUUCUUCUGUCAUGGGCUCUUCCUUUUUGCCCUUUGUCAGGUGUGCUGGGGGCCUGCGCGCCAGGGCCUGUGCGCCGGCGGAUUGCAGGGCCUGGGCGCGGUCCGGACGCUAUGCGCGCUGCUUCGCCAGGCUGACUGGGCCCGAUGCGCGGCAGAUUCCUUCACCGGCGGCCUCCAGCGCCUUGCAGAAAGGCCGGCCCAGAGGUAUUCGACCUAUCCUUGCUGUGAAAUGCAUAGGCAGAGCUUGCUGCAAGCCGCAAAAGCGUGACUUGGCUGUGGUAGCGGAGCAAUGUUGCAAGCCUUGA